UAGCUCCAAGGCGGCACCCAAUGGGCCGGGAGAUUCGGCGGCGGAACUAGUGGAUAAUGCGCUAGAGCACACCCGGGCACUAGCGGAAGCCGCGGCGGGGGAGUUGGCGGCGGCCACCGAGGUCGGCCUCAGCAGCGAGGAAAUGAACGCCAUUGCCGACAUGAUCUACAACCGCUUCCGCAAGGGCAAGGACAAGGAGUAG